GUGUGAAGUAAGCAAUUUGUUCUUCUCAUUUCAUAUUAACAGCAAAAGUACAACUUUAUCUCCAACUUAUUUGAUUUCAUUAUUUGGCUUUUAAUUAACUAUAUGAGAAACAUAUAGAAAUUAGUCUGUGACCUAUAAGACAGAGAUUUCAGUAAUUUGAUCAAACAUUACAUCAUGUGAUACUCAGAUUUCAUUUCAAAGGCAGAACUCACAACAAGGAAGGUGGAAAAGCAACAAAAGGAACAAGACAGAAAGCAGGAAAGGGAAGAUGAAAGACCGACUUCAAGAACUAAAGCAAAAAACAAAGGAAAUUGAACUUUACAGAGACAGUCAUGUGUUGAGUACGGAAACAGAGGAAAAAGGGGUGUUUGUGCAGCAAGCUGUUAUUUAUGAGAGAGAGCCUGUAGCUGAGAGACACCUACAUGAGAUCCAAAAACUACAGGAGAAUAUUAACAAUUUGGCAGAUGAUGUGCAAAGAUUUGGACAGCAACAGAAAAGUCUGAUGGCUUCAAUGAGAAGGUUUAGCCUCCUUAAGAGAGAGUCUAGCAUUACAAAGGAGAUAAAAACCCAAGCAGAACACAUUAACAGAGGUUUGGAUGAUUUAGUUAAAGAAGUUAAAAAGUCAGAGGUUGAAAAUGGUCCAUCAUCAGUCAUCACAAGGAUACUUAAAUCUCAGUAUGCUGCAAUGUUCCGCCAUUUUCAACAAACUAUGUUUAUAUACAAUGACACAAUAGCUGCAAAGCAAGAGAAGUGCAAGGCAUUUAUUUUUCGUCAACUUGAAGUUGCUGGUAAAGAGGUACCUGAAGAAGAAGUAAAUGAUAUGCUUCACCAAGGAAAAUGGGAAGUUUUUAAUGAAAGCUUACUCACAGAAAUCAAUAUCACUAAAGCACAACUCUCAGAGAUUGAACAAAGACAUAAGGAACUUGUUAAUUUGGAAAACCAAGUAAAGGAUUUACGGGAUCUUUUCAUUCAGAUAUCUCUUUUAGUAGAGGAACAAGGAGAGAGCAUCAAUAAUAUUGAAAUGAUAGUAAAUAGUACCAAAGAUUAUGUUAACAAUACUAAAGAGAAAUUUGGACUAGCAGUAAAAUACAAAAAAAGAAAUCCAUGCAGGAUACUGUGCUGUUGGUGCUGUCCAUGCCGUGGCUCAAAAUAAAGAAACUAUUUUUAAAA